AUGAGUUAUAAUAUAAAUACAAUGAAUAAUAACACACAACAAUAUAAUAAUGAAAAAAAUGAAUCCUCUUAUGGUGAAACGAGAAUAAAUGAGCAGUGUAAUUAUCAAAUGAAUAAUCCAUAUAACCCAGCUCCUUCUAUACCUACAAAGUUAUUUGUAAGUUCUAUUCCAAAAAAUUUAACAGAAAAUGAUAUUAAAACAAUAUUUGAGGAGUAUGGAGGAAUAAAAGAUAUUGUUUUUAUUAAGGAUAAAAAACCAAAUGUAAACAGAGCAAAUGUAUUUGUUCGAAUGGAGUCAAUAUUUUAUGCACAAAAAGCAAUAAAAGGAUUACAUGGUAAAAAAGUAUUAAAUGAAAAUUUAGGGCCUUUAAUAGUAAAGUUUGCUAUUGGAGAACUAGAAAAGUAUGGAGUGAAUAUGAAUAAUGCAAAUGAAAAUGAAGCAAAAUUAUUUGUGGGAUCAUUGCCUAAAGAUAUAACAGAAGAAAAAAUAAGAAAUUUAUUUAAUAGAUAUGGAAAUGUUACUGAAGUGUAUAUAAUGAAAAAUAGCAACGGUGUUAGUAAGCGAUGUGCUUUUGUUAAUUAUGGAUAUAAAGAACAAGGAAUAUUUGCCAUACAAAAUUUGAAUGGUAAAAUAGCUAUAGAAAAUGCAGAAAAACCAAUAGAAGUUCGAUUUGCUGAAACAAAAAAUCAGUUGCAAGAAAAGCAAAUAUUAAAUAGAUCAUUAAUGAGUCCAUUAAAUAAUAAUAAUAAUAAUACAUUUAUGCAAUCACAGCAAUUUAAAAAUAUGAAUGUUGGAUCUUUCAAUAGAUAUCCUUUACAUAUGAACUAUAAUUUGCAAAAUACUACUAAUCAGCAAAGAACAACAAAUAAUUCUACUCAUUCUCAUUGGAAGCAAUACUUUUCAAAAGAAGAUGGGAGACCUUACUAUCAUAAUGAAUUAACUGGGCAAACUCAGUGGCAUAAACCUAGAAAAUUAGAGCAAUCUUUUAUGAAUCCAUUAAAUAUGAAUGAAUUAACUGGCCCAAUCGGAGCAAAUAUUUUUAUUUUUCAUAUACCAAAUGAAUGGAUGCAAAAUGACUUAUUAGCUGCUUUUUCUCCUUUUGGUAAUAUAAUAUCUGCUCAUAUUGCAACUGAAAAAGAUACUGGUAGAAAUAGAGGUUUUGCUUUUGUAUCUUAUGAUAAUGUUGAUAGUGCUAUUAACGCAGUAAAAUAUAUGAAUGGUUUCUUAGCACAUAAAAAAAAAUUAAAAGUUACAAUAAAAAAAGGGGAAGAGCAAUAUGUUCAAGCAUUGUUAAACCAAAGAAGUAAAAUAAAUAAUACAGAUAAUAGAAGAAAUUUUAUUAAUACCGCUCCUCAUACUUAA